AUGCAGUCCACUUCUGAUCCUCGAAGGCCAAAUAAGAUUGUAAGGUACAAAGCAGCAGAUCCUCAGUCAUCCAAUGCUGUCACUGACGAUCCUUUGCCAGAGUACAUGAAUGUUUUAGGAAUGAUAUUCAGUAUGUGUGGAUUGAUGAUGCGGAUGAAAUGGUGUGCAUGGAUGGCUCUGUUAUGUUCCUGUGUGAGCUUCGCCAACACACGUUCAUCAGACGAUGCAAAACAAAUUGUUAGCAGUUUCAUGUUAUCAGUGUCGGCUGUCGUCAUGAGUUAUCUACAGAAUCCUCAGCCAAUAAUCCCACCGUGGGCAUCGUUCAUGUGA